GGUUUUAUGUUUCGCGAACAUAGUAUGUUGUUAAACGUAGAGAGGAAAGUUCCGAUUUUGGGUUUUUUUUCAAAGCCGAUGAAAUAUGCCAGAAGUUGCUCAAAAAAGAGUGACAUUGCUUGCCAAAGGAUGUACGGUUCACUCAGGAAAGGUUGUUGCUGUUCCUCGAACUCUCAAUGAAUUAAUCAUCAUAGCAAAACGCAAGCUUGGGCUCCCUGCGGCAACUAAAGUUUACACUGCCAAAGGGGGUGUGAUAGAUGACAUUGAUUUAAUCAGAGAUGAUGAAGUGCUUUACAUUUCAUCUGAAGAUCCAGAACCAAAUUCUCUUGGUGAAAAAUCCUUCACAGACUGGGUGACGCUUAAUGUGGGAGGCAGAGUAUUCACUACAACUAGGGCAACACUGAUGAAUGAACCAAACAGUAUGUUAGCAAGAAUGUUUUCCCCUGCAGAGGCUUGGAGUAAUGUUUCAGAUGCCUCAGGAGCUUUCCUCAUCGACAGAAGUCCAGUGUACUUUGAACCAAUCAUCAAUUAUUUACGACAUGGACAGCUCAUACUAGACAAGGGAGUUAAUCCUCAAGGUGUCCUAGAAGAGGCAAAGUUUUUCGGAAUCUCAGGCAUCUUAGAACAGUUAGAAGAGUUGGUAAAGGCUAUGGAAAACGUUGAAGAUGCUCCUCUUUCUCGGAGUGAAUUUGUUAAAAUACUUUUAUCAACGCCCUCAAACUGCGAGCUUCGUUGUCAGGGAAUCAAUUUAGACUCGGCAGAUCUCUCGAAGCUUGAUCUACGUUUCAUAAACUUCAAAAUGGCGAAUCUAAGAAAAACAGACUUGUGGAAUGCCAAUCUAUCAAACUGCUGUUUGGAGAGAGCGAACCUAUCCGGGGCACAUAUGGACGGUGCUAUUUUAAGCUGUACUCGUCUUCAGAGGGCUCAUAUGGAAGGGGCCUCCCUCAGAGGGUGCAAUUUUGAAGACCCUGCUGGUACAAGGGCUAAUCUAGAAGGUGUGAACUUAAAGAAUUCUGAUCUGGAAGGAAGCCAAUUAGGGAAUGUGAACCUUCGUGUUGCUACUUUAAAAGGUGCAAACCUUCAAAAUUGCAUAUUGCGAGGAGCUGUACUGGCUGGAGCUGAUCUAGAGAACUGUAAUUUAACCGGCUGCGACCUACAAGAUGCUAAUCUACGAGGGGCCAACAUCACCGGUGCUACGAUUAAAGAAAUUACAGGACCACUUCACAUGACAGCUUUCGUCAGAAACCAGCUCCCAGGCUCUGCGCUUUCUGUACCCGCAACGCCAGAUUCCUGAAAGAGAAAUUGUGUGACGUCAGAAGACAAACGCGAUGUCCUGGAAUAAAACUCCAAGGAAUUGUAUUGGCUUAAUAAGAAGAGUGAAAGCAAAAAGGCUAGUCACAGUCGAAUGGAAGCGUGACAGUCAAACCAACCGGCUGAAGAGAAAGCCAUUGUGGCAAUUUUGAAAAAGACUUAUUCGAGCACUGAAACAAUUGUCGAGGAUGGCAAUUGAAGAUCAGUAGUAAUCAAAGAUGACAAAUAAACUAAGUUAUCUAUUACUAAAAAAGGGUGUGCUUGUCUGAGGAUACCCCAAGUUGCAUGUAUAAAAGCAAGUUUUUUUUACAUAAAAGGUUCUUGAAUAAUAAAAAAAUGACGUUUGCUCUGAACACCGGGAGAAAAGUUGUGAAGGACACACAGAACACUUGUAGCACUAAGGAUGAGGAAUUCCUUCCAGUUGAAUUCAUUGGGAAAAUAUCUUGAGAAGACACCAAGACAUGUCAGUUUUUAGUAACGGUACUUGAUCACUGUUAAAAUUUAAAGGGGGGAGGGGGCGGGGGUGCACCGCUCUACAGGGCUUAGUAGUUGGUGUCGUGGGUGUUAAAAACUGCCCGAUAGUGUAUACGAUAAUGCUAAUUAGCGGUUUGAUAGGUGUCUGUCUGUAUCGGAAGAGUAAAUACGGCUGUUUUAGGUCUACAUUUGUGAUAGGAAUAAUAUGCAGGAUUCGGCUUUACCACUUGUUCGCAUAUGCCUUAAUUCUUGAAGAACAGACAAGCAAAAAAGCGGCAGUUCGACCUCAUAGAGCUACACUUACCAAACUAAAACAGAUCAAGACUUCAAAGGGAAAAGGGUUGAUGUCAAGAAAGUACAAUACUUUCAUGAAAUUUCCCUCCCAUGAUGUAUCAUGUAUGACUAAGAAGUUAA